AUGUCAGGCUACGACUCUUACUACCAAUCCCAAUCCCAAUAUCCCUCGUACAGUCAACCUCAAGCCGCCAGCUCAUACCCGAGCGACGGCUUUUCCGAGUCCGGAGCUCAAGGAGGCCCAGGCUAUUACGAGAAUCAAUACACUCAGCAGCCAUACUAUGGCUACUCCGCCGACACCCGCUCCCAAACCCACCACAACGGCUACGGCUACGAUGCUUCUUCUUCUUCUUCCAACGCCCCGUACUACACCAACUCCAACAACUCGGACCCUAACGCGAACUACCACCAACCCGCGCCCGCACAGGAACAGGACCGCGGCCUGAUGGGCGCCAUGGCCGGCGGCGCCGCCGGUGCAUGGGGCGGCCACAAGGCCGGCCACGGGUUCCUGGGCGCGAUAGGCGGCGCCAUCGCCGGGUCUCUGGCUGAAGACUACGCCAAAAAGAGCCGCAAGAACAAACACAACAAGGCCAGCUUCGGCAGCGUCAGCACCACGGCCUCGAGCUUCUUCAGCAAUCGUAAGAACUAA